CCAGCUCCCUCCCUGCCAUGUGACAGCCCUUGCCUCACUGCUCUGUCAUACUGUUGUCCAGGAUCAGCAGGGCAAAACUGACCCAGUUCUGGGCAUCUUGCCCAGAGCCUGCCGAGCAGCUGCCGUGAAACUGAACACAGGCAAACAGCUGCACCGGUUCCGGUAUUCGAGGAUGGCUAAAGACUUCCGCUACUACUUCCAGCAUCCGUGGUCUCGCUUAGUUGUGGCUUACCUGGUGAUCUUCUUUAACUUUUUAAUAUUUGCUGAAGAUCCGGUGUCUCACAGUCAAACGGAAGCCAAUGUUAUUGUUGUUGGAAACUGCUUUUCAUUUGUAUCAAAUAAAUACCCUGAAGGAGGUGGCUGGAGAUUCUUAAAAGUGUUUCUAUGGCUACUUGCCAUUCUCACGGGACUGAUAGCUGGGAAAUUCUUGUUCCAUCAGCGUUUGUUUGGUCAAUUACUCUGGCUAAAAAUGUUUAGAGAAGAUCAUGGAUCUUGGAUGACAAUGUUCUUCAGCAUCAUUCUCUUCCUCUUCAUUUUUUCUCACAUUUACAAUCUGUGCCUCCUUAUGGCAGGGAAUAUGAGAACAUAUAUUAUAACAGACUUCAUGGGCAUCAGGAAUGAAAGUUUUAUGAAGGUAGCAGCAGUGGGAACUUGGAUGGGAGAUUUUGUCACAGCAUGGAUGGUUACUGAUAUGAUGCUUCAGGACAAGCCCUAUCCUGACUGGGGAAAGUCUGCCAGAGCUUUCUGGAAGAAGGGAAAUAUUAGAAUCAUUUUAUUCUGGACUGUUCUGUUUACACUGACCUCUGUAGUUGUGCUUGUCAUCACUACUGACUGGAUCAGCUGGGACAAGUUGAAUCGUGGAUUUCUGCCAAGCGAUGAGGUCUCAAGAGCCUUCUUGGCUUCUUUCAUCUUAGUGUUUGACCUUCUUAUUAUCAUGCAGGAUUGGGAAUUUCCACAUUUUAUGGGUGAUGUUGAUGUAAAUCUUCCUGGCUUGCCCUCUGCACAUAUGCAGUUUAAAGUACCUUACUUCCAAAAGAUUUUCAAGGAAGAAUACCAUAUACAUAUAACAGGUAAAUGGUUUAACUAUGGAAUUAUCUUUCUCGUUUUAAUCCUGGACCUAAAUAUGUGGAAAAAUCAAAUAUUUUACAAACCUCAUGAAUAUGGUCAAUAUAUCGGUCCUGGUCAGAAAAUCUAUACAGUGAAGGACUCAGAGAGCUUAAAGGAUCUUAACAGAACUAAGUUAUCCUGGGAAUGGAGAUCAAAUAAUACUAAUCCUUUGACUAACAGGACCUAUGCUGAUGGAGACAUGUUCUUGCAUAGCAGAUUCACAGGUGCUAGUCUUGAUGUCAAAUGCCUGGCCUUUAUUCCAUGUUUGAUGGCCUUUGCUUUGUUUGGGUUCUUCAUCUGGUUCUUUGGGCGAUUUCAGAAAACUGAUCAAGGCAUGGAGAAUCUGGACAAAUCAUACACAAGAAUGAAAAGGAAGUCACCGUCAGAUGUAGUAAUGACACGAGAAAAUACACAAGUCUUAGUGGAGGAACCUUCAAGUUUUGAAGAACCACAUUUAGUAUCCAUAAAGUCAGACUUAAGUGAAAUUGUCUUUAAUUCUUCCCUCCUAACUUCUGAAAACCUGAACUUACAGUUUAGUGAACAAGACAGCCCACUACAACCAAUACCAGAAUCCUCUGUCCCUAAGAAUAAUCCUAUGACUUAGAACAUAUGGUCAGGAAAGUAAGAAUAAAUAACCAAUUAUUGUAAGAGUUCAGUUUUACCUUUUGUAAGAUAAGGUUUACAUAGUGUUUAGAAUACAUCACAAAGGUGCUCAACAUGCUUUUUCUAGGAGUUUUGUUUUCUAUUUGUAUUAUAGUAC